AGGUCUGGCUUGCAGUGUCUGUGUAACUAUCUAGCAGGUGCUGACUGAGACAAGCAAGGGCUGUGCCUUUUAAGAAGUGAGAUCUCAUGGAAAAGAUUAAAACAUGACAUUCUAUACACGUAGAGCAAGCUGGAGAGAAGUGAAGUAUGAACCUGAGGAUGGGGAUGAGGAGGACCACCAUGAAGUCAAUGAGCUGGAGUCUCUGCGGUGGUACCAUGAAAACCUGUCACGCCAUGCAGCUGAGGCACUGCUUCUUACAAAUGGGAAAGAUGGGAGCUACCUCCUGAGGAAGAGUGACUCCAAAGCUAACGUAUACUCGCUCUCAGUGAGGGCCAAAGAUUCUGUCAAACAUUUCCAAGUUCAUCAGUGUGGAACGUUAUUGAAGUUUGGUUUCAAUGAGUUUGCAACUAUAAAAGAUUUUAUACAGCACUUUGCUAACCAGCCUUUAAUUGGAAGUGAAUCAGGAACCUUAAUUGUACUGAAAUAUCCCUAUCCUCGUGAAGUAGAGGAACCUUCAAUAUACGAGUCUGUCCGAGUUCACACAGCCAUGCAAACCGGGCGCUCUGAGUCCGAUCUUGUGCCAGUGGCACCUUCGCUGGGCACAAAAGAAGGUUUCCUUACAAAACAAGGUGGACGCGUAAAGAGUUGGAAAACCAGAUGGUUUAUUUUGAACCGGAACGAACUUAAAUAUUUUAAAGACCAGUUAUCCCCAGAACCUAUACGGACAUUGGAUCUAACCGAAUGCAGUGCUGUACAGUUUGAUUAUUCACAGGAGAGAGUCAAUUGUUUUUGUUUAGUUUUCCCACUACGAACGUAUUACUUGUGCGCAAAGACGGGGGCAGAAGCUGAUGAGUGGAUUAAAAUUUUAAGAUGGAAAAUGUCUCAAUUAAAGAAACAGUCAUCCAAAAGAUGAAGAUAACUGUGGAUGGUCAUAGACUAUUUUUUAACAACUAGACUCAGUGCCUUUUUCCAAAACCAUGAAUGUGAGUACUCUCAUGUCAUGCACCAAGAUGAAACUGACAUCCAAGUAAACACCUCUGUUACAUACAAUAAAAUCUGUGGACAAGGAACCUAACCUGUAUGCAACAUGGUUGAAUUGCUGUAUUAUUAACUGACGGCUAGUAACCCAGGAGAAGAUUACAAACUCAGACCCAAUGACAGUUCCGGGUCCAGCUUUGCAUCAUGCUGCAUAUGAAGAGGAAUCUGUGAUUGCUCGUCAACACACAUCUAUUCAAAGAACUAUUUUUUUUAAAGCAUUUAGGUUAUUGACAUUUGAUUUAGUUUAUAAUCUUUGGCUGUGUUGUUUUACCCAUUCCAUUAAGCAAUAGCUCUUUGAUUUUAUCAGCGUAUUUUCAGUUGUUCCCUCCUCUCCGGCCUAAAGAAGUUACUGGAGUUACUGGUUUGCUGUUACUUUUUUAUUAAAAAAAUCUUUGAGCACUAAA